CAUACACAAAUCCAGUCUAUCCAGAUCAAGAACUAAUGGAAACAUACUUGUUAUUUUCUCCAUAGUCCUAGGAAUAAAAUUUCAAUCUAUACAAUAUUUCUGAGAGUAAAUCGAAAAUUUCUCCACAAAAAUGGCCAAACGCCGACAAUCCGUGAGUAUUCAGGAAGAGGAUGCUUUCAAACUUGUGAUUGACGAAUUAAUGGAGGAAAUUGUUUGGCAUCCCACCCACGAAGACGUAGAUGUUGCUACCUGGCUGCUUAAAAUGGUCGACUACAAUGUACCAAGGGGGAAACAGUUAAGAGGCCGAGGCGUUAUAUCUGCUUACAAAUCAUUUGUGGGCAACGUGACCAAGCAUGAUUUGAAACCUGUGUACAUACUUGGAUGGUGUGUCGAACUAUUUGCUGCCAGUUUCUAUAUCCCAGAGGACAUAAUUCGAGGCUCAGUAACACGACGAGGCCAGUUGUGUUGGCAUUUGGUCGACGAGGUGGGAAAGGCUGCAGUAAACGACGCCUUUCUCCUCCAAUCCGUCAUGUACUUUAUUCUGGAUUUGCACUUUAAGGGAAAAGCUUGUCACAAAUAUUUGACUAAACUAUUCCACAAAUGCUUCUUUAACACAACGCUGGGACAAAAUAUGGAUUCAAGGAUAGGAAAGGCACAAGGAUUCAAAGAGUUUACAAUGGAAAAUUACUACCGAAUUUCGAAAUACAAAGUGGGAUAUUUUAGUUUUUAUCUUCCCAUUGCAAGUAGCUGGAUCCUUCAGGCCGAUGGGACUCCAAAGGAGGAAGAGCUGAAGCUCAUCGAGGAGAUCGCACUGGAAAUGGGUCACCUCUUUCAAGUGCAGGACGAUUACUUGGAUUGUUUUGGCAAUCCCAACGUCACUGGUCGGUAUGGAACUACAAUUCAAGGAAACUGUUCAUCCUGGUUUAUCAUCAUGGCCUUGAAAAAGAUGGAUUGUGAGCAGGAACGAGUUUUAAAGGAACAUUAUGGAAAGCCUGGGAGCGAGAGGGUGCAUCGAGUAAUUAAAGUGUUCAGAGAUUUGGACCUGGUGGAAGAGUAUCGUCAGUAUGAGAUCAAAUGCUAUAAAGCAAUCAUGAAGAAAAUCACCAAGCUUCCUGAAUCUAUUCCUGCCCUCUACUUUUCGGAAACAUUGGAUUUGAUAUUAAAACGAGAAAAGUGAAUAUAUGCAUACAUAAUGUUGUAACCAUUUGAAUCAAAAGUUGACUUUAGUAGCAAAUAGGAAAAUAGUUAAUUGAAUAUAAAUAUUACACUAGAAAUUGUGUGUAUGAGAGCAACUAUUUUAUAAAGUGCCGAUAAUAAAAAGUUAAAAUGAUGCUUGCAAAAGGA